AUGGCCACAUCGGUGUAUGCUACCGGCUCCUCCAUCCAGCGGACAGGCUCCGCGGCACCGUACAGAUCGACUUACACACCUCAAACAGCUGCCACCCCCUCAAGACCUACCAUCACCGAUGAUUAUGAGCGAUGGUACACCGAAUCCACCCCAAACAAUCGCAUGCUCCUCUCCCUGCGUUCUGGUAUAGAUACUGAGAUUUCGUGGGCUCUCGACCGUCUUUGUCGACUAUGCAACAACGAGCAGUUCCUCCUGCGAGCCAUCCCAGGUCUCGCCGACGCGCUCUUCGAAUGGCCUGUGUGGUACGUCGAAGUAGGUGCGAAGCAGUGCGCCGCCAUGGCGCGUCUGUUCGCACUGCCAACCGAGUACGAGCGCAGACGUAGGCAUGCGCUCGAGUCGAUCUUCAUUCUCAGGAACGCGGCGAUGAACGAGCCAAACGCGCAGAUGCUCACGAACCACACGAGCACGCGGGCAGUCAUCCUGUUCGCACUGCACAACAUCCGCACGGACUGCGACACGAACGUAGAAUUUAUGCUGUACAUUAUCGAGCUCAUGCAGGCGAUCUCGCCCGGGCUGAUGCUCCCUCCGCCCGACUCGCCUCCCCUGGCGAUCCCGGUGCAGCCAUUGCAGAACGUCAUACAGGAGUCGUCGAACCGCUCGCUCAUCCUGGCUUCCAUGACCACAUUGUACAUUCUGAUGUCCCACCCCGCGAAUGCGUGCUAUCUACAAGAGGACGCGCCUGCGCUGGAAGCUGCUGUGAAGUACCUCCCGCUGAUGGUGGACAAGGACCUGCUGGAUGCCUCUCUGAACUACCUCUACGCGCACUUUUCAUAUCCGCCGAUGUCUAAGGCCUUCCUGCUUCACCCGAAGAUGCCAGGCACCCUCAGGCUAUUAGUAUCUCUCCUGAUCUCGGAACAGGUGGAGGAGAUACAUUCCAUCGAUAUUGGUGGGCCGGUUCACACCGUCCCUGCUGAGACUACGGCUGAGCGGAACCAUGAAUUGACGAAGGAGGAGCUGGACAGACUGUUGCCGCUACCCGAACCGACGCGAUGCUUUGAAUGGAUGAAGGCGAUGUUCGUAGCGAAGGCUGACGGGGAGCUGACACAGGUGGACUUUUGGAACCUGUACAAGGAUGUCUUUGCUCCUCAUCAGGAGCGCUAUCAGCUGCUGGUAGCCUCGGAUGUCAUCAAGAACGUCAAUGUUGUUUUCCCACAGGCUCAGGCGAUGGUUCUCCCAGGGCCUCCGCAGCGCUUUGUCGUACGGGGCGUCGACCGGCGGAAAGAUACAUCAGCGAAUGAGCGUUUCAAGUGCCGCUGGAAUCGUUCGCAGUGUGAAUUUCCACCGUUCAACAAUGCAAGUGAGCUCUACGAGCACGUCCUCAAUGAGCAUAUCAAUGCUGCCGAUAGUGAUCGCGUGGAAUGCAUCUGGGCGACGUGUCAGCACUCGGCCUCAAGAGUGCACAUUCGUGGACACGUCCUCACUCACCUACCAAGCACUCAGCCAACCCCCCGAGAUCCUUCCCAAUCAGAAUUGAUCACCCUUCCAUCCCCUGACUAUCCACACCCCGUGCCCGACCCCACCGUCCGGCCAGUCCCUCCUCUCCGCUCAGCCAAAAUCACGUACAAGCGCCCCGUUGUCGACCCGCCAAACACCUCGCUCACGGCGCUGCUCUGCAUCCGGGUGUUGUUUCGCGCGUCGUUUGCCUCUUCAGAUGCUGCACCAAGGGCGGACGAGGAUCAUUUUGGCUUUCCGGGGAUUGUGGAGGAGUCGGAGGACCAUGAGGGAGCGGUGGCAAGGAGUGCGGGAAAUGAUAGGGAGAGGGAAGGCGAGCGAAGGGGACGCAAGGCGUUCAUUGGAGUGAGGCACUUGAUGGAGGGGGUGAGGAUACGGGACGAAGCAUUGAUGGGUUGGAUCACCGAGAUGGUGGACGCGGGGAUUGAUGGGACGACAUAGUCAUAGUGGGGAAUGGUUUCGGACAUCAUCAUACCGAAUUGCGGGCGAGCAACGCGCGUUGUCUGUGGAGAUCGGUCAAAAGCAUACUGUUAUGAGCCCUGCG